AUGCUGGAGGGGUCGUCUGCGACACACCGUUUAGCUUCUUGCCAUCGUCAAUUCUAUACACUUCCACAAAUACCGGAUCUUUCGCACAUAAACUCAACGUUUUAUCGUAUAUCAUCUGUUGCCACAAAAUCAACUGUUUCUGAGGAUCCUGAUGAGACAGCUCACCGUGAAUUUUCAACCAGUGAAGAGUUUUUUGACUACAUAAAUAAAAGUGUUAUUGGAUAUGACAGGGUAUUCCGUGGUGGUUUUGGUGAUCGACGAGUGGUAUACUGUGACUACAUUGCCUCAGGCCGUUCACUGUCGUUUAUAGAAGAUUUCAUAUACAACGAGGUGCUACCAAAUUACGGAAAUACGCACACUACGACCAGCGUAACGUCCCUACAGACGACAAUGUACCGAUAUGAGGCGAAAGACAUCGUUAGAAACGCUGUGAGAGCUGGUGAUUCUGAUGCUGUUUUCUUCGUUGGCAGUGGCUGUACUGGUGCUGUGCAUAAACUUAUUCACAACCUCCAUCUUGAAAAACCACCAAUUGUUAUCACGGGUCCCUUUGAGCAUCACUCUAAUAUGCUGCCUUGGAGACAUCUGGCUGCAAAGAUAGUCCGUCUUAACACUGACAAUAGUGGGAAUGUGUCCAUCCACAAUUUGGAGGAAGUGCUUUCGACGGAGCAGAAAAUGGCAAAAAAACUCGAAUGUUCUUUGAUUGUGUGCCUGGCUGCCGCAUCAAAUGUGACUGGUAUCUUGGUUAAUGUAGAUCGAUUUUCGGUUCUCGUUCACAGGUACGGUGGGCUUGUAUUCUGGGAUUAUGCCACCGCUGCACCGUACGUGAAAAUUGAUAUGAAUCCUGUUGUCACCGGGCCGGACCGUGAUCUGGUUUACAAGGAUGCUGUGUACUUUUCGAUGCACAAGUUUGUUGGUGGUGUUCAAACUCCUGGAGUACUUAUAGCAAAAAAAUUUCUUUUUAAGGCUGGAGAGAAAUAUCCUGAUGGCUGUGGUGGUGGUAGUGUUUGCUUUGUCCGCCGAAAAAAUCAAGUCUACUUGCAAGACGUUGAGGAGCGUGAAGAUGGGGGGACACCAGCAAUCGUAGAAUCAAUUCGUGCUGGUUUGGUUAUGCAAUUAAAACAAGCGGUCACCUCUGAAGUUAUUUUCGCUCGCGAGGAGGAAAUUGUUAAACGAGCCUGGGAAAAGUUUAAGCCGACUAACAACCUCCUCGUGCUAGGCGGCGAUGCGGCGACGCGUUUGCCAAUUUUCUCCGUGAUUAUUCGUCACGUUUUCCCCGAGAUAUCUUCCAUCACCAAAGACCAUGAUGAACAGAGACCUAGUGAUCGCGUCAUGUUUCUGCAUCACACCUUCGUGUCAGCUCUGCUAAACGAUCUGUUCGGAAUCCAGUGCCGCUCUGGGUGUGUUUGCGCUGGACCUUAUGCGAUGGACCUCCUUGGAAUCGACGAGGGCCUUGCCAAACUCUACGAGGAUGCUCUCGUCACGAGGCUAGUCAUUCACAAGCUUAAUAUAUCCGGGUUGUCAUCGUGUCGUGUUUCAAAGUGCUUUGACAACUCUUCUCGUGAAGUUCUUAGACCGGGGUUUACCCGCUUCUCGAUUCCCUACUUCAUGUCAGACGAGGAAGCCAACUUUAUACUCGAUGCGGUGUGCUUCGUCGCCGACUACGGGUGGGCAUUCCUCCCGCUGUAUUCUUACAAUGCUUCGACUGGGGAAUGGAAGCACCAGAGACACGACCAGUUCGAGGACCGCCAGUGGUUAGGGCACAUCAAGUACACUCGUGAGGGAAUGGUCUGGCGCCGGGGCAAACCGAAGGCCCAUGGGGCUCUGCCCAAGGACUUCCAAGAAUGUCUCCUAGCUGCCAAAGUGGAACUAAAGCAUGCUGUUGAGUUUGUCAGGUCUGCAAAAGUCUCCCCUGUGUCUGACGACACAGCCUCUUUUGAUGCAGAUAGCCAAAAGCUUCGGUGGUUCCUCUUGCCUUGUGAGGCCGCAGCACAAAUGAGAGGAGAAAUCCAUUUGCUGGCGAUCCCCACUGGGCCUUCUUCACCCUGGAAGCCAGGCACAAUGGACCCAUGCACAAAUUCCGCUGUAACCACCCUGUUUAAAGAGCAUCCAUUUGAAAUUAACCCUUCAAUUCAGGCUGUUCGAACCACCACAUCGCCCCCUAUCGCCCUCGACAGUCAAGCUUCACGAGUCUCGACCUAUAUCGUUCAUUCUCAGGCAUCCACAAUGUCGAUGACUCCGCGCUUACGUCAGCGUAGUCCUCAUUCCUCAUCACCACAAAGGGCAGCGCCGAAUGUUAAAGGAGUGCUCUCUUCCCCGAACUCCCUCCGUAACGCAACAAAACCUCACAUAAUAGUGUCUGCCCAUUUGCCAAAGCAAAGAAAUAAUAACGCUCUGCCGGAAACGUAUAACAGGAAAAACGGAUCAUCCGUCCAAAUCAAAUUUCGGAGUGCCCGAACCUCCGCAGCCUCCUCAGAUGCCAAGGUGCAUGAGAUUGAUAUUUCAGGCCCAAUGGAAUUCAAACAGACCCCUCGGAGAAUUCGGCAUCUUUCACCAGCAUUCACCGAGAAUACUAGCAUUAGUAACUUCAGGACUGAAUACAGGGAUAAUAAGUCACUUUGGAAAACGUCUUUUAAAAAAUUAGACAAGCCUCUUGCUCUCGUAAGUUGUACCAUAUUACUUUUCUCGGAACCACCAAAAGCAAAAUAUAAACACGUACAAGUGAAAGUGAUAAUGAACUAUGCAUUGCUAGCUCACUCGUUCGUAAACAAGUGA